CAGCCCAUCCCGCUUUUUGGGGCCAUACGCCGCGCGGAGACCCCCCAACAGAGCUAAAUCUGCGGCAGGAGCUCGCAUUUCAAGCGCUUUCUCGGCCUCCCUGCGUUCCAGUCCCUGCGGACGCCGCCAGCGCCGCACCCAGCCUGCUCCGAGGCACUGCUACUGGGCCCAAAAAGCAGCCAAAAGCCGCCGAAGGCCUCGCGCCGCGGCGGCGACGCGCAAGUCUUGUAGUGUAGAAGACCCCGCUCAAACCUCAGGCCACGCCAUGGCCACCGCCUGGCCCCUAAGAGAGCGCCCCGCCGAGUUCUUCGAGUUGAGAGCCCAGAACCGGCAGCAGACCUCGGACUACGUCUCUUCAGGAAAUUUUGCCCUCGACACAAUUGAUAAUGAUGAUCACGCGUUUCAUGGCAUCGUUUUUGAUGUAGAACUCACUGGUUCCGUACCGAUCGAGUCCCUGACGAUACGAGGCGUCUCCGUCAGAGGCGCUUUGGGCACGACAAAAGUUCUCACGAGCGACCAGGGCUUCGCGCCGUUGCCGGAGGAGCGAGACCGGUUGGAGAUGAGGAAAUAUUUUUCUCCGCUCAAGCCCCCGCGCGAGUGGCGCGUCCGCUAUUCCGGCGAGGCGCCUCCCGCCACGUCGGAGCCGAGAGAUCUCACCUUCACAGAACCAGUACGCAUGGCUCCGACAAGUACAAAACAGCAUGCCGCGCUCACGAAGCUCGGUAUAUAUGUACAUUCAGAAGACGCCGAGGGCGUCGUCUACAGCAACCAAAGACACAGAGGUGUCACAAGGGAGGACGCGCACCUCAAAGUGCUCUGCGGCGUGGCGCAUACCGGCGGGGCCCCCUUCGCGAGAGUAGGCUACUGGGGAGACGUGGCGUGGAGACCUAGAAGAGAAUUUGUGGGCAAGGUGACGUAUGAUGUCCGGCUACUCCUCUGGACGCCCCACUCGCAUGCGCAGUUUCCUCCUGCUUUCAGAGCGAUGGCUGUAGAAUUAGCAAAAUGUCGGGCCGCCAAGAUGCUGCGGCCCGCCACGGAGAUCGGUCUGGGCCACCUGCCCGUCGAGGCGCUGUACUACGUACGGAACCAGUGUCUUACUCAAUCACCGCGAUCGCUAGACCGCUCGUGCUACGCAAAUGGUAGUCGCGACGACCCGACGCAACGUCAUCGCGGCAGAGAGAUAGAGCGCCAAUAUUCCCACUUCCCGCCAUAAAAUGGCGUGCGCGGUGGAGCCCAGCGCGCCCGACACCCGCAGGUCUUGGCUUUUUGCCGCCACGACUGGGCGCCCUCUCAACCAGCGCCGCAACCGCUCCCGAACUGGGAGGACGAGCCCUGGGAGGUGCGGCGCGACGCCUACGGGUCUAGAGUGCUGGUACCCCGCUCCCAGUGCGCCGACGACGCCGAGGAGGACGAUUUUGACGACGACGACGACGCCUACGACGACGCCGACGAGGACUACGACGCGUACUACGCCGUCAACACGCCGUCGAACGAGUCGUCGUCCGACGACGACGACGACGACCGCGACACGCCGCCGCGGCAGGAGGUCGCCUGAGCAUCUGCCUGAGAAGUUCCCUUUUUUCUCUUUUUCCCGCCUGUACCAUAUAACGUCCGCACCAUUAU